UGUUUUACACGGAUUUCUGAGGAACGUAUCUACCGUGUAAAAAAAGAGUUAAGUGUACAUAUGUAUAUCAAAAUGAUCAGGGAAUGAAAGAAUAUGAUUCCUUUAUGUCUCUCUGUUCAUUCUAUUUUAACAAAAGUUGGUACAAGCGUUUUCUUUGGCGCUUUAAGUUAGUAAUGUUUGGUAAUGAUUAUGUGAAUUGUUGUUAAACGAUGUCAGAAAUGGUCAAGAUUAAGCUGGAAAAAGCUGCUCGUCCAAUACGAAGUUUUGAACUUAAAUGCUGACGGUCUGAUAAACUGUACAGCAUUAAAUUAUUGAGUGCUUUUACUUUGAAGACUAUCACAACUUCCUUCACUAUUCAAUCAAUAAUGUAAAACAACAACAAUAACUCAACCUAUAAAAUAUAUCAACAGCUUUUAUUUCCUAUACAUUUGUAACUUUAAUUAAAAUGAAUGAAAUACAACAAACAAGCCAAGUUAAUACGGGUAAAACUCAGAGUUUAACUGAAGACCCGCCAAAAAGUCAUAAGCAACGGGUAUUUGCGUGGUUAGAACUGAUUGAAAUAACCAAUUUCAACGCCAACCAAAAAGACCCAUAUAUGGAACUAAAGCAUCCCCGUGCCGAGUUUUUCCACCCAUCCAAGGAGCCUAAACAUAUGUUCAAAAAGUUUUUAGCCGGUGAGGAAAAAUGCAUUUAUACCAUAAUUAUUGAACAGGAUGACAUGGAAGCUGCAAACUAUUUCGCUGCAGAGCAAAUUUGUGUGUUAAUAAAACGUCACACGGCCUCAAAUGAGAGACACUCCGUAGACGAAGACAGUUAUGACUCCGAACGCGACACGCAAGCGGAAAUCGAUUACGACGUCGAAUUCGAGUACAAAAUCGACAAUAAAAAGUACAACUAUUUAGCAAAGGGAUAUAUCGAUAUCCUUCAACUAUUCUCCGAUGAAUGUAUAUCACUUCAAAUGGUUGUAUUCCUUUACUCCCCCAAAUGGGCAAGCGGCCGAGGCGCAGUCAAGACUAUAUGGAAUAUUUAUACCAAAAUGCCACUUAUGAAAACCUUUCAUAUUACAAAUCUGGCAUUCAUUAGUCUAGAAUCUCUAUAUAAUUUGCCUGAGGAGUUGUUGGAUAUGGCGGAUGAUAUGCGUGUGGAUAUACUUUUUCAAGCCAAAUUCGAAAAUGAAGAUUUGGUAUUUGAUGAAUUUAAGAUUUGCACUUUUAAAGUAUUUCGAAAGAAUAUAAUCAAAGAUCAGAGUAUUUACUUCUGUUGGGAAAAUUUGCGCAAUCUUAAUGAACGAAGCCCACCCGACGUUAGAACCGGAUGCACGAACAAACCGCAAAACUUUCUAAGGAAUCUGUUUUGCACUGAAGACAGAGAAUUCAAUUUCCAUUUCAUAAAUAUUUUUCACGAUUAUGCCUUAUCAUCGAAUUCGACCGUUCGAUUUGUACUCACCGAUGAGUUGACGGAAAAGCUCGAGCAAGUUAUUGGAAGCGAUGAACAGUGUUUAGCUUUAAAAGUUUAUAACAUCAAGCAACCGGAAGAAAUAUUGCUUCAAGGCGCUCUAGAAGCACACAUUUUUCUUUAUCCUAAUGUGAAUGCCUGUCGGUUUGCCGUCGCUUUGGAUGACCCGGCCUCGCAUGUAAAUUUCGACGAUGCUCAGAAAAGAACGUUCGCCACAAUAAAUAUUAAUUUUUAUUCUCCCAUAACGGAAAGUAGGAGCGGGCGAUCUAUUAUAACCAAAAAUAUUGAUAAUAUUGCGCCCGCCGACGAAGAUAAAUAUGUAUGUAAUUCGUUGCUGCAGGAUAAUCGAAGUCUCUCUUACAAACGGGAGGAUGCUUACAGAAAAUUCAAUCAAGAAAUUAAAUCCAUAGCUAUGAAUAUAUUAAAAAAUAAUAUUACUGAUUAUAAUGACAGCAAAUCAUACGUGUGCUGUGAACUGAAAAUAUUGACUUGGAAAAUUACGGAUCUUAUAGCUUAUGAUUUUAAUGUACGAGUUCCGACGGAAACAAGUCUCGAAUUCACGAAUUUAAUGACGCUUGUUUAUAAGGAGUUAACACAACGCGUUUAUAAUAUUUUAAAUACGUUUGAUAAUAAGGCUAUGACAAUCGAUCAAGGUACAAUUAAGGAAGAUACAAAACUUCAAAGAAGAAUGAGUUAUAUAAAACUACUCAAUGAGGCAGGGGACAAGAAACUUGCCAAUUUUCUUUUGGAAAAGUUCUCACAAACAUAUGCCGAUAAUUCGACUUGGCACUUUUGCAAAUUUCUUUACGACAUUGAAACCCUUAAUUUCGACUCAGCGCUCGAGUACGCAAAGAAGCCAGUGAGAGAGGUUUACCAUCGCGCGCACUAUUAUAUCGAAUUGGCCGGAAUUUACAUCAAAUACAUUCAGUUCAAAAGAAAUGAAAAAAAUUUUAAUGAAGCUUUGCCAUAUCUGAUCGAAAUGCUCAAUGAGUUUUCGAUACAAUUCCCGCUGGAAUUGGAGCCAUGGAUACUAUGGCAUUGUAUAUAUAAACAAUGCGGUUAUUUGCCCGGUAUUGAGUUCACUCGUCUGAAGUAUGAAAACCUCGUCAACCAACAUUAUUGGGACUUUCCAAACAUACCAUAUAGUCGUUUCUCGAUUUAUAACGACGUCUAUGUACAAUUUUACACAAAAAAGGGCCAAUUAUUAUUUAUAAUCGUAAAACAUUUCCUAUGGUUAGGCACUUAUAUAUUUGCCGAUAUUGUUUUUGAUGCUAUCUCAGACGAAUGCACUCCCGCUGAGAAGUAUAUGUUUAAAAGCACGAUUAAAAUACUAACCGAUGAUUUAACAGAGGACUACACCAUGCAGAGUUUUGACUACGAUAAAUCAAUGAAGUUUCUUGUUGCAUUCACGAAUGGCAAUAUCGCGUAUUAUCGCGGCGAAAUUAGCAAGGCAUUAAGCUAUUAUCAUCGAAUUUUGGAUAGUAAGGAUAAUGAGAAUCAAUGCCUUAAACUUGGACUACUGCGUUACGCCAAUUUUCGUUAUAAUGAGCACAAACUUUUGGAUGCCAUAAAAGCCUAUGAAAAAUAUCUAUUUUUCGGUACCGGUGCGUUCGUAGCAUAUUACGGACUGGGUAAAGCGAUGUACAAGUUAAAUCGUUUGCCAGAAGCAGAAGGACAUUUUGCUAACGCUACAAACUAUCCGCUACAUAUACCUGAUAUUUGGGCCUAUUUAGCUUUGAUCAAUUUAAGGUUAGGAAGGAUAGAAAAUGCCUUGAAACUGUGGAAAUACGCUCAUGUGAAUGAAAACUGUACUAUUUCCAAGGAAAUUCUAACGGAAUUGGAAGCAUUGGACCAUAAAAUAUUGGAUUUAUUUAUUUGAUAUAUUAUACAUUCUACACAUAAUACAUAGUUAUUGGACACGCAUUUUAUCAUCAAAAUGUAUUUUGAAACGUUUUUUAUAUGUAAAAUAUCAACGCAUUUAAAAAAUCCAAUUAAAUGACGAUACAAAAUAUUUGUCAUUAAU